AUGCGAGGCGAACUGGGCAACCUGUCUGGAUCCUUCUUCCAGCGACGCGCCGGAAACUUCGCAGGCCGCGUGGCCAGGAGAGAUUUUCACCUCCGGCAGACCAGCCUGGUGCACCAUGCCGAUCAGGUCGAAGACAGUAUCCUCAAGCAAAUGCUCGACGACGCGGCCGAGGACGCCUCCCGCAAUUUCAACGAGGACCAGGCCGCUCAGAUAGAACAGGCCGACGCCGUCAUUGCGGGCAAAGCUCCAGACGGAACCACCGCAUACCUCCUGGUCGAGGCGUCCAUCACCAUAGUCAAAGGCGACGUCGACCGCGCGAGGAACCGAGCCGAACUGCUGAAUCACGCCGUCGGCACGACAACCCACGCCCUGGUCAUAGGCGAAUCCAUAACCGGCGAGGCCGCAGCGCAGGCGAAAGACACUGGUGUCGCAUUCGCCGCAUUCACACCGAGAAGAACCCCAGCCCAGGACCCCGGUUCCGUUUGCUUAUAG